AAGCUUGGCUUCCCCAUAUCUAUCAUGGGAAUAACCUCAUCAGACGCAUCCUGUGCCUUUGAGCCCUUUUCCCCCCAUGGUCCAUGUUUUCCUGUAGGACAGCGGAGGCUUCCAGAUGGUGUCCCUGGUGGAGCUCUCCGAAGUGACCGAGGAGGGCGUGCUCUUCCGUUCUCCCUACGAUGGGAAGGAAAUCCUGCUGACUCCAGAGAAGUCCAUUGAAAUACAGAACGCUCUCGGCUCGGACAUCAUGAUGCAGUUGGACGACGUGGUCAGCAGCACGGUGAGCGGCCCCCGCGUGGAGGAAGCCACGCUCAGGUCCAUUCGCUGGCUAGACAGAUGCAUCACAGCACACCGGACCCCCGACAAGCAGAAUCUGUUUGCCAUUAUCCAAGGUGGGCUGGAUCCCACCCUCCGAACCAAGUGCCUGGAAGAGAUGACCAAGCGGGAGGUGCCCGGCUUUGCCAUCGGGGGCCUCAGUGGUGGCGAAGCCAAGGACCACUUCUGGAGGAUGGUGGCCCUCAGCACAGGCCGUCUGCCCCGGGACAAGCCUCGCUACCUCAUGGGAGUCGGUUACGCAACGGACCUGGUGGUGUGCGUGGCCCUGGGCUGUGACAUGUUUGACUGCGUCUUCCCCACAAGGACUGCGCGUUUUGGGUCGGCCUUGAUCCCCGCUGGCUCCCUGCAGCUGAAGAACAAGCAGUACGCCACGGACUUGAGGCCCAUUGACGAGAACUGUGGAUGCCCCACGUGCCAGAGAUACAGCCGGGCUUUCUUGCACGCCCUCUUCCGCCACGACACGGCUGCCAUGCACCACGUGACCGUUCAUAAUAUCGCCUAUCAGUUGAACCUGAUGCAUUCGAUCCGGGAGAGCAUAAUUAAGCAAAGGUUCCCACAGUUUGUCCAGGAUUUCAUGAAGACCAUGUACAGCAACAGAGAGAGCUACCCGCAGUGGGCCACAGAAGCCCUGGCUUCCGUUGGCAUUGCUCUGGAGUAAGAGGUACCCGAGACAGCAGGAAGCGCUUCUCUCCCUGCAAUUGCCGGUGUUCCAGGAUCCUUCUGCUUACAAGCACUUCUCUCCCCAACAAGGGUUUAGACCUGCUCUGUGCCGAAGACGUCAUUCUUCCCAUGGAAUUCUGGAGCGGAGUCUGAGGAGGUGCCUCUUCCGCCUGUCGAUCCACAGCAGCAACAUGUGUUGCAGAUGCUCAGUGCUUAAAUGGGGCUGCUUGGAAAGUUCUUGGAGUACAUUUUAUUUUUUUAAUACUUUUUAUAUAGAAACGUAACUCAACUAUUCAGCUUUUUAAUCCUCUAAAUCUGCCUUUUCCUAAGGGAUUUGUCUGUAUCUGCAUGGGU